UCUUCUUCUUCUUCUCUCCCUCACAUUUCAUUUAAACCCCCUUCAAACACUCCACAAGUCCCUUCGAUUCCCCUUCCAUCAAAGAGGAGACUUUCCCUUCCCCUCUCCAAAGAAAAAAAAAAAAGGGUUAAAUUUGCUAUGAACCGCGGCGGACAUGUGUUGCAGAGCUCGCCGGUGCAGCAGCCGAUCAUGAUGGCCGCCGGCAACCCCAACAACUGGUGGAGCACCACCAUGUCUAACAUGAGACCUCCUCCUCCUCCUCCUCCUCCUCCUCCUCCUCCAUCUACGACGUCGUUUCACCCCCAGCUUCCCAACAACUUCUUCCCCAACAAUUAUUCAUCUCUUUUCCCGACGAGCACUCAUCACCACCUUUCACCUUCCUCUUCACUUCCUUUCCCUUCUUGGCACGACGACGCUCCUCCUCCCACCUCCGCCGCCGCCGCCGCCGCACAACAAGACCACCACCAACUCCCCGAUUCAUGGAGCCAACUCCUCCUCGGAGGAUUGAUGGCUGGGGAGGAAGAGAUCAAGGGAGGGAACCAAAUGACGAUGAGCCAUUUCCAACAAGCCAGCAAGAAGUUUGAGAACGAGCAGUGGGAAGAACAGCAGAAGCUAAUGCUGAGCAACAACAACAACAACAAGGCUGAAGUAGUGAAGCAAGAAAGCUAUGGAGGAAGCACGUAUGGCCACCACCAUCAUGCAAACGACAACGACGACGACGGCCGCCACUUCCAUCAUCACCGCCACCAAGCUGUUGAUUGGUCUCGUCAUCCACCGCCUCCUCCGCCGGAUCGAUUGUCAUCGGAGAGUAACGGCACUACUGGAGCUGGUGGUGGGGCUGCAGCGAAGAAAGCUAGGGUUCAGCCUUCUUCUUCUACUACUACUUCAACCCAAUCUCCCUUCAAGGUGAGAAAGGAGAAACUGGGAGAUAGGAUCACUUCUCUUCACCAGAUCGUGUCUCCAUUUGGGAAGACUGACACAGCUUCUGUCCUGUUAGAAGCCAUAGGGUACAUCAGAUUCCUUCAAAGCCAAAUUGAGGUGAUGUUUUCUUUCCAUUCUUUUGUCCUUCAAACUAAAAUCCCAGAAAACCAUGCAAAUUUCCAGAGAUGCCCCUCUCCCGGAUAAAUAUAAUCUAAUCGUAACGAUUCAAAGUAGAAUACAGAUCAUACAAUAAAAAAUAUCGUUGUGAUCAUAAUGUUGCACCUCGACUUAGUCAUUAUUACGUGAUUUAACGAGUAUAGUUAUCGCGACAAACCCUUACCAAACAUGACCGUAUUGAAAAAAGCUAAGUGAGAGCGAAAAAAGUUGAUUUCACGAUGCUUACCGUUCCUAAAAAUUGCAGGCACUCAGCUUGCCCUACUUGGACAGUGGAUCUUCAAACAUGAGGCACCAUCAGCAACAGCAGAACCAACAUCAACAUUCUUCUGUUCAAGGAGAAAGGAAUUGUGUGUUCCCAGAAGACCCUGGUCAGCUCUUGAACAACGAUGGCAGCAGCUGUCUCAAGAGGAAAGCAGCAACAACUUCUGAUCAUCAACAGGAGCAAGAGAAGGACUUGAGGAGUAGAGGGUUGUGCCUUGUCCCUCUCUCUUGCACACUGCAGGUUGGCAACGACAACGGGGCGGAUUACUGGGCUCCAUCCUUCGGGGGAGGAUUCCGGUGAACGGAUCGUGGAAUAUUCCGGCGAGCAACGUUGAAAACUAGCUCCCUGAGUCGUCGGAGGGAUGGUAGGGAGAGAGUUAGAGAGAGAGAGAGCUGAUAGUGAAAUGAUAUACCAUCAUGAGCAGUCAAUCUGCUCAAGUGAAAUCCAAGGCUGAUUGCUCAUGAUGCUAUACAACUUCUGCCAAGGUUUUAAUUAGCUACUAUCUAGGAUGUUUUUUUUUUGUUUGCUUGAUAUUAGUUGUUAUCUUGGUGUAAUUUCUAAUUCCGAAAUAUUACGCAAGCACGCAUGUGCGGUUUAACUGAUGAAUUGUCUUUUCGCUAUGUACGUGCUCAUAGAUAUGAAUUCGAGAAUGCAGUAUUGGUUUAGUUUAGUUUUCUUUAGAAAAUAGUGAAG